AUGGAGUUCGUCACUUUCUGUAACGGCCUGGGAUUCAGAUGCGACCUCAGCUGGAGGCCGAGGGACUCGAAUCAAGAAGCGGGCCGCAUCACCGAACAUGUGUUCUCAGACGUCGAUGCAGACUUGAGAUUACCUGUCAGUUGGUCAGAGAUGACCUUGUCAGUGCUUCCGUCUCUCCUGAGAUUGGCGAGCUUUCAGUCGGAACUUGAUGCCAUCAAGACGUUGGCCCCAGCCGGGGCGCCGAUGAGUUCUGCUGAUCUUGGGUUCGAGCAGCAUUUGCAGCAUCUUGCUUCUGAGGAAAGCCGGCCUUCCGUCCUCCCUGAGCCCUUUUCCCCGCCCGGGGCCUCAGCAAGCAUUGACCUUGCUCCUCUAGAUCCUAGCUGUGCUUCGCCUAAAGUAAUGGGUCAAGGUGGGGUUCUUAAAAGGAUGCAAGUUUGGAACUUCGUGCAGUUCCUCAAGGAAACCGCCGUUCCCGCUUCCAAAGCUUCUUCCGUCUUGAGCUCCUUCAGAUUUGCGCACUUCGUGUUGGGGUUUAAGGAUUCAGGCGUCAUUGAGUCAAAGAGGACUUGCGGUUCGGCGGAGCAGCAACUCGUCAAAGUAAGGAAGCUGCGUCAGGCUAAGGACCUUACAGUCGCGCAGCGUAAGGGGGCUACGAAGGUUCAGCUUAAGACGAAGCUGCUUCCGAUCAUGGGUCCCAUGAUUGGUGUGCACGGCAAGUGCUGGAUCGCAGAUGCUUUGAACGCGUUUAGAGAUGCUGGUCGAGCAUUGCCCUCGGUUCGAGGCCCUCUGACUCUCGCUCCUACUGAUGAGUCAGGGUUGGUGGCGUCACAGAGGUCCAUUGCUUCUGCAGAGGUAGGCCGUGCUUUGAGGGCAUUCUUGGGAGAGCCUGAAGAGAUUGCCAUCUAUUGCAGAGAGCUGUCGGCAGCCCCAGCCAGGAGGAUGCAAGAUUUGAUCCGUGAGAUUGCAGCAGGGUCGCCGUCACCUCAUGCAGAGGACAUUCCUGUUGAGCCCUGGGCCAGUCCUGGGCCUUUCGAGUCCAGCCGACAAAUCGCGCGGUUGCAGCAGAUGAUGUCUCUGGCCGUGGGACUCUCGCCUGCCAUGUUAACUCUGCAGCGCCACCCCACCCCGGAAGAUAUUCUUUCCAGGCUUGUGCUCAUGACUCUUGUGACGUCGAGACGUCACAAGAUGUCCGAUGCCUUCGCUUCUUGUGCAGUGACUUUCUCACAAGCCAUUGCUCUCCGUCUCGGACUUCCGCCGGUGGGAAAAGCAGAAGGGGCUCUCAAAAAGCCAGAAAGCUGCGUGCCUCGCUACACGGAGCCUACGAGCAUGGCAAUGCCGACGGCUGUGGAGCCGCAAAGUGUUCAGGAGUGGUUCGAUGUCUUUCCCAAUUUGAUGCUAGACGGCGCCUGGAAUAAACAGAACAUCGAAGAGCACGGCAUCGACGCUUCAAUUUAUCACUGCCAAUGCCCUUGGGGUGGCUAUUUGGUGAAAUUUGAGCUGAAAGGCUUCGUGGUGCAGAAUCCGCCUGAGAUUCGAAGCCAUGUGCUGGUGCGCCCCGAAGUCAGGGUGCUGAGCCGUGACGAGGACUUGGAGGAGCUGCACGCCCCUGGCAGCGCCACGGUUCGCCGAGACUUCGCCUCCUCCUGGGGUUUGCUGCGGCUGAGCAGCCUCUUAUGGGCCAUGGAACCAUCGACUUACAGCGAGCGCCUGCCGCAACGCUCUGUCACCAGCUAUCAGAACCUUUGCAGGGACGUCCCUCACACUGGCGACAGUUCUAUGUCAAUGUACGGGCAUGGCGUGGGAAAUGCAGCACUGUUGAUAUGCCGUCCAUGUGAAGCGGAUGCCAGAUUCGAUGUUUUUGGGGUUUUCAAUGUGCCCCAGGAGAAGUUUCAGAGCUGGGCCACCAUUCACUUCCAGCUGGUAGUGGAAUCAGCGCGCAGGCUCGCAGACGUACUCCUCCAAAGCCCUGGCAUUGCUGCGAUGCGAGAACGUGAUGACAAGUUCUAUAUCGUGACUCAUAGCUGA